AUGGGGGGACCCAGAACCACGCUGCUCUGCCUCUGUGGGGCAGUGCUCUUCUGGACAGGGUCGCACGCCCUGCACUGUCACAGCUUCCAGCACACCUUCUUCGGCCCCUUUGACCUCAGUAACGUGCAGUUCCCCAACCUGUCCUGCGCCUAUGGGUGCUCCGAGGCCGUCCUGUCCCUGGACACUGGCUACCGCUCGCCCGUGACCGUGGUGCACAAGGGCUGCUGGACCGGCCCCUAUAGCGGGCAGACGUACUCUAAGCAAGACGCGCUGCCGCCCGACUACUCGGAGGUGCGCGGCUGCGCGACCGACUGGUGCAACAGCCACUUCCUGACCCACGAAGCCAUCCCCAACCUGAGCCAAGCGCCAAACCCGCCGACGCUCAGCGGCACCGAGUGCUACGCCUGCGCGGGGGUCCACCCGGAGGACUGCGCCCUCGACAAGGCCCGGCGCGUCCAGUGUCACCAGGACCAGAGCGUCUGCUUCCAGGGCAACGGCCGCAUGACCGUCGGCAAUUUCUCAGUCCCCGUGUACAUCAGAACCUGCCACCGGCCGUCCUGCAUCACCCAGGGUACCUCCAGUCCCUGGACAGCCAUCGACCUGCAGGGGACCUGCUGCGAGGGCCAGCUCUGCAACGGAGACUCCGUGACCCAGACCUUCACCAGCGCGGCGGCUGCCGCUCGACCCCAAACACCCCAUCAUGGCGCCCUGCUCCUCGGGGUUUCCCUGUUCAUUGGGGCCCUGGGAGGACCCCUGGGGCUCUAUGCAUAG